CUCAGCCUCAGCCUCGGCCUUGUGGGUUUGAUUUGAUCGAUCUUAACCCUAGUAAUUUGCAAGUGGAGGACAAAAACAGAGAAAAGAAGAAAAAAGAAAUAGAGCUUUGGAUAUAGUAUUAAAGAAUAAAUAUACCAUGGCGGUGUAUUAUAAAUUUAAGAGUGCAAGAGAUUAUGAUUCAAUUCCCAUGGACGGUCCUUUCAUCUCUGUUGGUACAUUGAAAGAAAAAAUAUUUGAAUCCAAGCAUUUAGGCAGGGGUACUGAUUUUGAUCUCGUGGUAACCAACGCCCAGACCAAUGAAGAAUAUCUUGAUGAAGCAAUGCUGAUUCCUAAAAAUACCUCAGUGUUAAUUCGUCGGGUUCCUGGUCGGCCACGUUUACCAAUUGUUACUGAACUAGAGCAAAAAAAGGUGGAAAAUAUGGCUAUGGAAGCCGAACCAGAAAACAGCAGCUUACCAGCUGAAGAUGCAUCUGCUGUAAAAUAUCCAGAAGAUUCAGAUUGGGAUGAAUUUGGAAAUGAUUUGUAUGCAAUUCCUGAUGUACCACCCAUUCAAUCAAGCAACUUGAUUCCUGAAGCUCCUCCAACCAACAAAGCUGAUGAAGAAAGUAAGAUAAAGGCUUUGAUUGAUACUCCUGCCUUGGAUUGGCAACGUCAAGGAUCGGACUUUGGUGCUGGUAGAGGUUUUGGAAGAGGUAUGGGUGGACGGAUGGGGGGUGGUCGUGGUUUUGGACUGGAGCGGAAAACACCUCCCCAAGGCUAUGUAUGUCACAGGUGCAAGGUUCCUGGCCAUUUUAUUCAGCACUGCCCUACAAACGGUGAUCCAAAUUAUGACAUCAAGAGAGUUAAACAACCUACUGGUAUUCCGAGAUCCAUGCUGAUGGUGAACCCACAAGGUUCCUAUGCACUACCAAAUGGUUCAGUAGCUGUAUUGAAGCCAAAUGAGGCUGCUUUUGAGAAAGAAAUAGAAGGUUUACCUUCAACCACACGUUCUGUUGGGGAUCUACCACCUGAGCUCCACUGCCCCUUGUGCAAUGAUGUGAUGAAAGAUGCUGUGCUGACAAGCAAGUGCUGUUUUAAAAGCUUUUGUGACAAAUGUAUUAGGGACUAUAUUAUCUCCAAGUCCAUGUGCAUAUGUGGUGCAACAAAUAUUCUUGCAGAUGAUCUUUUACCAAAUAAGACCCUAAGAGAUACUAUUAAUCGUAUAUUGGAGUCAGGCAAUAGCAGUGCUGAAAACGCUGGGAGCACCUUUCAAGUUCAAGAUAUGGAGUCUGCUCGUUGUCCACAACUGAAGCUUCCAUCUCCAACCUCAUCGGCUGCAUCUAAGGGAGAACCAAAGGUUUCACUUGUUCAUGAAGGAAUGACACAUGUACCAGAAACUGUUGAUGAUAGAAAAACAGUUUCUGCUCCAGCUCCAUUGCAAACAUCAGAGCAAGUGAAGCCCAGAAUGCCUGAUGUAAGUGAAGCUACACAUGAGUCGAUGAGUGUAAAGGAACCAGCCUCACAAGGGAGUGCUCAGUUGGUUGAGGAGGAAGUCCAGCAAAAAAUGGUUCCUGCUGAGGCAGUUUCAACUUUCAACUUUGCAGGAAAGAAGAAAAAAAGGAAGAAAGUCCGUUUGCCUGCAAAUGAUUUUCAGUGGAAAACCCCACACGACCUUGGGGCUGAGAGCUACAUGAUGCCAAUGGGCCCAGCACCUGGUUACAAUUCAUACUGGAAUGGCAUGCAACCUUGUAUGGAAGGAUUUAUGGGACCAUAUGGUGGCCCGAUGCAAAUGAUGGGUUAUGGCCUGGGCCCCUUGGACAUGCCAUUUGCAGGUGGUCUGCCUCAUGAUCCAUUUGGCAUGCAGGGUUACAUGAUGCCUGUUGUUCCACCUCAUAGGGAUCUUGCUGCUGAGUAUGGCAUGGGGAUGAAUGUUCCACCUCCAGUUAUGAGUAGAGAGGAGUUUGAAGCUCGGAAAGCUGAUCGUUGGAGAAAGCGUGAAAAUGAGAAACGGAUUGAUAGGGAUUUCUCCAAAGAUCGAGACUUUGGUAGGGAAGCGAGCAGUAUUGGGGAUGUUCCUAUGAAAUCAAAAACUAAAUCACUUCCAGCACCUCCAAGUAGUGAGUACCACCAUCCCCAACCCCAUCGUCACCGUGCAGAACGUGUGUCACCUGAUCGGUCUCCACGAGAGGUGGAGCCUCCACGUCCUAUCAAGAGAAAAGCUGACUAUCAUGUCGAACGGGAACGGGAAUGUGAACGUGACCAUGAUCAUGAUCGUGACCAGAGGGACCACCGUGAUCGAGAAAGAGGCCAUCACCACCAUCGCCACCACCGGUCAGAAUCCUCUUCCCGGAUGUCAUCUGAACCAGUGACCAAAACCUCCUCAACUGCACCAUCAUCUGCAGCUGCAGCUGCAGCUGCAGACCGCAAGCAGAAGGCCAGUGUUUUCUCCCGCAUAAGCUUCCCCGCUGAGGAAGAGAUGACCAAGAAGAGGAAGAUAUCUGCCUUUCCCACAACUGAAGCUGCUUCAGCUGGUCCCCCUGCCACAUCUUCAGCGCAUCUCAAGGCAGCACCGAAAGGCUACUAUGAAGGCAGGAAGAGCAGCACGAUUUCUGAAUACGAGUCUAGUGAUGACGAGCGGCAUUUCAAACGGAGGCCAUCAAGGCACAAGUUGUCUACCUAGACCAAAACGCAGCUCUUCAUUUUCUAUUUAGGUCCAGUUUGGAUAAAUAACUUAAAUAAGUUUUUUCGGAAGAAGAGUUUAAAGUACAAGGACUUUUAUUAAUAGCAGCUUAUAAAUAAGUUAUUUUGUGUUUG